AUGCCCCGGCAGCGCGUCGACCCGCGGGAUGCUGCCUCUUUAAGAGCCGCCGCCUACGCGGACGGUGCCCCUUGCCGCGAACUCAGCGUCCGCCUCCUCCGCUCAGGCGAGGGAAGCGGAAACGCCGCCCGCUCGCCCGGCAGGGCGCAUGCUCGGGCUGGAACGGGGCGAGAGGUGAGUGAGGCGCGUGCAGAGGGCGGAGAGGCGAGAGCCCGGGAGAAGCAGUUGGCCGGCUGCCCGGCGUCGCUUCAUGUUCCGGUAGAGGAUCCUCCUGUGCACCUGAACUCCGACCCCGGUUGCUCAGGGAACCGAAGGAGAUGCAGCAUCCCUGUGCAGAUAACACGCAUAGCCGGAUGCUUCAUUAACACACGCAUUCACACAUGCACACUCCCACCUAGCGGGAAGGGGAUGCCGGGCGGGGAAGCACGUUCUGAUAAGAGCCCCGAAUUUCAGAAUUAAGAAAUUACCUUCAGGCGUGGUCGCGACUUCAAAUUCUUGUAGCUCUUCUCCUUUGCUACAGAAGUUUUAUCUUUGGAGAUUGCUGGCAAGUUCAACCCCAAGAAGGGGCUGCUUAAUUCUGAAAGGCGUUGGGUCUAAUAAAAUGCUUUGGCUUAAUGCACAAGGAGACAAAGUCAUGCAUUGCAAUUGGGCUGCUGCUAGGGCAUGCCUCUCUCUAGCUGCGGCUUCUCCUCCCAGGAAACUUUAAAAAUUAGAAUAUAAUAGGGCAUUAGUGUUGGGACGCGGGUGGCGCUGUGGGUAAAACCUCAGUGCCUAGGACUUGCCGAACAUGGUUCGAAUCCCUGCGGCGGGGUGAGCUCCCGUCUUUCCGUCCCAGCUCCUGCCCACCUAGCAGUUCAAAAGCACCCCUAAGUGCAAGUAGAUAAAUAGCGGGAAGGUAAACGGCAUUUCCGUGUGCUGCGCUGGUGCUGGCUCGCCAGAGCAGCUUCGUCACGCUGGCCACGUGACCCGGAAGUGUCUCCGGACAGCGCUGGCUCCCGGCCUCUUAAGUGAGAUGAGCGUACAACCCUAGAGUCGGACACGACUGGCCCGUACGGGCAGGGGUACCUUUACCUUACCUUUACCUAGGGCAUUAGAACUGUAGAAUUGGAAGGGACCACAAGGUUCAUAUACUUUAAUAAUAACAAUAAUAAUAUUUGUAUGCUGUCCAUCUGCUGGCUUGCCACAGCUGCUCUGGGUGGCUCUCAACAGAAUAUAACACGAUAAAACACCAAACAUUAAAAACUUCCCUAAAGAAUCUAGUCCAACCCCCUGCAACGCAGGAAUCUUUAACCCAGUGCGGGACUCGAACCCAUGACCUGGAGAUUAAGAGUCUCAUGCUCCAGCGACUAAGCCAUCCAGCCUGUAAAAACACUAUUUAAGUGUUUCAGAAGUACAGACUUGAACGACCGGGACCCUGUGAUCAUCUGAGGCCCUUCUUCGUAGCAUUCCCCAUUAGAGGUCUGGAGGGCGGCAGCAAGAGAAGAGGCAUUUGCUGCGGUGGCUUCCUACUUGCAGAAUGCUCUCCCCAGGAGGUUAAUCUGGUGCCUUAGUUACAUAACUUUAGGUGCUAAGCAAAAACAUUGCUCUUCUCGCAGGCCUUUGGCUAACUAAACAAUCUAUGGCCUGUUGAACUGUGUGUGUGGCAGGGGGUAUUGUUUUUGUUACUAUGUGCUUUUGUGUUUUGAUACUACCCUGUGAUCCUCAUAUGAAUGGCAGUACAAUAGUACCUCGGGUUAAGUACUUAAUUCGUUCCGGAGGUCUGUACUUAACCUGAAGCACCACUUUAGCUAAUGGGGCCUCCUGCUGCCCCCACGCCGCCGGAGCACUAUUUCUGUUCUCAUCCUGAAGCAAAGUUCUUAACCUGAAGCACUAUUUCUGGGUUAGCGGAGUGUGUAACCUGAAGCGUAUGUAACCUGAAGCAUAUGUAACCCGAGGUACCACUGUAAAGUUAAAAGAUCUAGUUAAAAAAACAAAUGGAAGUUCAUGUGCCCUGUCCUGUUUAUAUAUGUUAUGUGCACUAAUUUAAUUGUUUCCCCAAGUCCUUAUCAACUCUUGAAUAGCUAACAAUAGUGGAUGUGGCAUACUUAUCUCUUCCAUCGCUGAGACUCCUGACCUCAUAUUAACAAGAGUCUCUACCCUGCCUUCCCUCCGUCUGUGUCACAUGCAUAUAUAAUACACACAGACGGAGGUUAAUAUUUAACGUUUAAUGAAAAUGCUCUAGGAAAGCUUGUUGGUCUUUCAGGCGCCACCACACAUUUUUUUGCAGGGGAAGUGAACCUAGAAAAUUCAGGUUUUAAUGGUGAGAUGCCUGUCUAGGUGGUUGAUCUUAGGAUGAAGUGGUAAAUAUUUUUAUUGGUUGUUGGAAGGUGGGCUGUUUUGCUAGUCCUUGGUUCUGAAGUGGCGCAGAGAGCCUGCGGAUGUGGUUUAGUCCUCAAUCCCUUUUAUAGCCCUUGUUACAGCAAGGCUGAUUGAUCGGUUUUCAUUUUUGUAAUACCCAUUUUCCACUUCCAAGAUGCAACUACUGUGGCUUAAAUGAGGCCACAUGCUCAUGAAGCCUGAGUUCUACUAUAGUUUCAUCAAGACACCUUUUUCCUAAAGAUAAAAAGUGCACUGGUUGUUGUUACUUAGCUGUAUUGAUUACUGUGAUUUUUAUUCCUAGAGCCAGGCUGAAGCAGCUGAUGGUUAA